ACCAUCAUCAUGGAGUGGCAGUCGCUUCCCGUCCCACUCUCCCAGCUCCGCCUUGCUCUGGUCCUACCAAGCGGCCAAUCCUUCAGAUGGCGUGCCGCAGGCAACCAAUUCAGUUUUUGUCUUCAUGAUAGAGUCGUCGUGGUGCGCCAAGACGCAGAGAAACUCUAUUACCGAACCAUCCUCCCAGACCCCCAGCCCUCUCCACUCGAACUGCCCUUACGCACAGCCGAAACCACGCUUUGGAUAAACGACUACUUCCAUCUUGGCGUGGACCUGGCUGCUCUUUACACCGAGUGGCAAAAACGCGACCAAUUCUUUGCCUCGAUUUCGACGCGUUUUUCAGGCAUUAGAAUACUGCGACAGGACCCAUUCGAGAACCUCAUAUCCUUCAUCUGCUCUUCCAACAACAACAUCACCAGGAUAACAAAAAUGGUGAACGCGUUAUGCACCAACUUUGCUCCCCGCUUGCUCUCAGAAGAUGGAGUAGACUACCACCCCUUUCCAACGCCCCAGGCCCUUGCCUCCCCUUCCGUCGAGAAAACUCUGCGUGAUUUAGGGUUCGGAUAUCGUGCCAAAUUCAUCCAGAAGACAGCGCAAAUGCUGGUUGAAACUCACGGAGACGACGCCCAAAAGUUCCUUGCAGGGCUUCGAACAACCCCUACUGACGUCGCUCGGGAAGAGCUAUUGAAGUUUAUGGGCGUUGGAAGAAAAGUUGCGGACUGUGUGCUACUUAUGAGCUUAGACAAGAACGAAGUCGUGCCAGUCGACACACAUGUCUACCAGGUCGCAGUCAAGCACUAUGGGCUAAAGGGCUCCUCGUCCAAACCAAACAUGACACCGAAACUGUAUGCUGAUAUCAACACCCGACUAGCUUCAAUUUGGGGAGAGUGGGCUGGUUGGGCACAAUCUGUGCUCUUCGCCUCUGAUUUGAAAGCAUUUUCCUCAUACGAUGCCUCUGCAAAUGCUGCUGAGACUCUCCCCACACCGCCACCGACACCAGCGUUGAAGCGUAAAAACGACUCGGAUGAAGUGGAAUCAACACCAAGUCGACGUCGGAAGCGGACAUAG